AUGGAGCAGCUGCAGCACCAGCAGGAGCGGGCGCGAGAGGUGUACAGGGAGUGCCUGCGCAACCACGCGGCGAAGCUGGGCACCUACGCCUCCGACGGCUGCUGCGAGUACACCCCCGACGACAGCCAGCCCGCCGCGCUCCUCUGCGCCGCCUGCGGCUGCCACCGCAACUUCCACCGGAAGGCGUUCCUCGACGGCACGGCCUCUCCCGGCGCCGCCAGCCAGCACGCGCCGCUAAUGCUGCCCUCUCCCGGCGCCCCGCCGGGCUACAUGCACCACCACCUGGCAAUGGCCGGCCCCUCUGGGCCUGGGGUCGCCAUGGGCGGCGGCGACGGCGGCGGGUCGCACAGCGGCGGGGGCAGCAGGCGGCGGACGCGGACCAAGUUCACCGACGAGCAGAAGGCGCGGAUGCUGCGGUUCGCGGAGCGGCUGGGGUGGCGGAUGCCCAAGCGCGAGCCCGGCCGCGCGCCCGGGGACGACGAGGUCGCGCGCUUCUGCCGGGAGAUCGGGGUCACCAGGCAGGUCUUCAAGGUCUGGAUGCACAACCACAAGGCCGGUGUCGGCGGCAGCGGGGGCGCCGGCGCCCAGACGUCGUCGUCGACCACGCGUGGCGGCGGAGGUGGAGGUGGAGGCGCGGGGGGCAUGUCGCCGGCGAUGGGUGGCGACGGUGAGGACGACGAGGAGGUGAGAGGCAGCGAGAUGUGCAUGUAG